AUCGAACAUUUCGGCGCUGUCGCUGGGCGGCGCCAUGUUGCCGUGGAUACCGCUUACCAUUGGUCCGAGAUGAAGGCAGCUACCUUAUCGUUGCCCUUGGUGGCGGCUCUGUGUUUCCCGCUUAUCGGCGGCGUGCGUAUUGACACGACGGACGGAGGAUACCGCGACGUUGUCGUAGCCAUACACCCAUCCGUGACACCGGACGAGAACAUCAUCGUCAACAUCAAGGCGCUGUUCCGGGAAGCGUCCUUGUUCCUACACCGAGCGACGCGGGGUCGGGUCUUCUUCAAGGACGUCACCAUCGCCGUGCCGUCCACCUGGCCCCGGAGAGAGGAAGCAGAGGCCACGGCCAGCAAUCUGUUCGACGGUGCCGACCUACGCGUGGCCGAGCCGAACCCGGAGUACGGAGACACGCCGUACACGCUCCAGCCAAGAGGAUGCGGGGAAGUCGGAGAAUACAUCCACAUCACGCCGGCUUUUCUCAGCGGCUUGAACGGGACCACUUCGAAGACAUACGGCAGCCCGGCCUUCCAGCUGGUCCACGAAUGGGCUCACUACAGGUACGGUGUCUUCGACGAAUACGGCGCGGCUGGGGACUACCGGUACCCGAGCCUCUACUGCGAGUUUGGAAUGGUUCGGGCCAACGCCUGCUCGGUCCGCAUGCGGUUCACGGCUUCCACUGAGAACGGCGAGCCUUGCCGCGUGUACCGGGGCUGCCAAGUGUCGACCAAGUGCAACGCUAAGUUCUACCAGAACACCAGGGACCCAGUGGAAUCUUCCAUCAUGUUCAUGCCCUACAUUCCUGGUGUGUCCCAAUUUUGCGACGACUCUAAACGGAAACACAAUAUCUUUGCCCCAAGCAAACAAAACCACAUCUGCCAACGGAGGUCAACUUGGGAUGUCAUCAGUAACAACCCGGACUUUCAGAACCUAGGUGACCCGGUAGCCGAAACUCAGGUCCAGGUGAAGUUUCAAGAGGUGCAGCAAAGAAACGACAGCCUGGGCAAAGUGGUCAUGGCUCUGGAUAUUUCGUGGAGCAUGAAUGAUUACAAUCGACUGGUUCGUCUCAAGAGUGCGGCAACACACUUCGUCCGGGACGUCCUUCCGAACGACUUCCUACUCGGCAUCGUGGUUUUCAGCUCUACGGCAACGGUGACUCAGAGACUGACAGCCGUGAAUGACACCAGCCGUACUGACAUGGCCAAAGCCAUCGAUGGUUUGGCUGCUGAUAGAGCCACUUGCAUCGGCUGCGCCCUGAAGCAAAGCGUCCAGGUGUAA